AUCGGACUAAAAGUUAUGAUAGUUCUUUCCCUUUGCGAUCACGUGAUAAGGAGAAAUUGCAGCCAUGAUGGAUGGAAUUGACGACAGCCCUGACCUCUUGGCGGAGGACCAGGAAAAUAAGACAAGGUCAGAUACUGUUGACCUUACAGAUACAUCACUGAUGGUAGACAUUUCUGAUGCCCUGAGUGAGAGAGAAAAAGUCAAAUUUACCGUACAUACCAAGACAACACUGCAGCAUUUCAAGAACUCUGAGAUGUCAGUUGUUAGACAGCAUGAAGAAUUUGUGUGGCUCCAUGAUCGAUAUGUUGAAAAUGAAGAGUAUGCUGGCAUAAUUAUUCCACCUGCGCCUCCUAAACCAGAUUUUGACGCCUCCAGAGAGAAGUUACAAAGACUUGGUGAGGGUGAGGGUACGAUGACUAAAGAGGAAUUCACUAAGAUGAAACAGGAGCUUGAAGCUGAGUACCUGGCAACGUUCAAGAAAACAGUUGCCAUGCAUGAAGUGUUCCUUCAGAGAAUAGCUGCUCACCCUGUGUUGCGGCAUGAUGUGAACUUUGAAGUCUUUCUAGAAUACGCUGGCGAUAUGAGUGUAAGAGGAAAAAAUAAGAAGGAAAGAAUUGGUGGUUUCUUCAAGAGCAUUACAAAAACUGCAGAUGAAGUUUUAAUAUCAGGACAGAAAGAUGUCGAUGAAUUCUUUGAGUCUGAGAAAGUUUUUCUUAUAGAAUAUCACAACAAAAUCAAAGAUGCCACUGGCAAAGCUGAUAGAAUGACAAAGGUGCACAAAAAUGUAGCUGAUUCUUACAUCCAGAUAUCCACUGGUUUAGUACAGUUGGCAACAAUAGAGAACACAGAACUAGACAGAAUAUUUAGUAAAGUUGCUGAGGCUUUAGAGAAAGCUCGGAAACUAGAAGGUCGUGUGGCAUCAGAUGAAGACCUGAAGCUGAGUGACACACUGCGCUACUACAUGAGGGACUCAAUGGCAGCCAAGGACCUGCUGUACAGGCGCAUGAGGGCUCUGGUCGACUACGAGAAUGCCAACAAAGCUCUGGAGAAGGCUCGAACAAAAAACAAGGAGGUUGCUGCUGCUGAGAAAGCACAAGAACAAUGUUGUAAAAAGUUUGAAAAGAUUUCAGAAGUUGCCAAAAAAGAAAUUCAAGAAUUCAAGAGCAGAAGAAUUAUAUACUUUAGGAAACAUUUGGUAGAACUUGUGGAGCUAGAAAUGAAGCAUGCGAAGGCUCAAGUGCAACUACUAAAGAAUUGUAUCACAGCGUUGCAGGACAAGGAGGAAUAACUGCGUGCCUGUGCUGACAGCUCAAUGUCAGCUUUUGAAUAGUAAAUAAUUUAAUCACAAAUUAUUGAUUGUAAAUUGUAAUUAAAAGUAAUUUAACUUUUAGUUAUUUUAAAAGAAAAAAAAUGUACUGAAAAGAAACAGUUCUUUCCAUAAUCCAUUUUUUUUUGCUUGCACAGGCAUGUCUAGUUAAUAGCUUAAACAUCAGUACAGAUUUAUGAUCAAAAGCCAUGGAUUUGGGUUUACAUUGCAAAAUCUAUUUUAUUUAAUGUAGACAGUCAACUUAAGUUUGUGUAGUCUUGUUAACUGAGGAACCUUCCACAUGAGAACUUUGUGAUCCUUUGGUUACAUUUUAACUGGUCAUGCUCCUCAGUGGGAUAGCCAUGUUAGGAAGUCCACAACAAUUAACUAACGUUGUUCAUUUCUUUUUCUAAUCUUAGUUGUGUAGAUGGAAGAAUGAAAGGGUUUUGUUAUGAAAGUUAUUUUCUUCUAGGAUGCUUGCAUUUGUUCAGUAUGACAAUUCUAAUGGACAAAUGACCAUUUGUUCAGUUAUAUAAUUCUAAAUGACAGAAGUUUAUUUGAUAUAAAGUUUUGGAUAAUGUUAACCAUGUAUUGUGAUGUUAUGCCACUAGUUCAAAGAGAACUUGUAAAAAUUAUUAUAAGCUCAAGCAUUCGACAUCUAGUUUUAAAUUUGAAUGUUUUAGAUGCUUGUGUCAGUGUAGCAUCGCAGAAGAAAUUGUGAUAUCAUCAUGACAACUAUCAAAUACAUCUACUCUAAUUGUCAGUAUUUUUUCUAGAGCUCAACCUUUUAUUUUUGUCAGUUCAUUCAACCUUGAACUUUUGACCUGAAGAUUUUUUCUCCCCUUUAUCUGCCUGGUUGAAAUGUUGGUGUGUUUUAUGUCAAAUGAUCUAUUUUGUCAGUGUACCCUCAUCUAAUGUGCUACUGAUGUUUCUCCAGAUGACAUCAUUAAUUAGGCUCAUUAUUUAUUUUAGCUGUGGGUUGAAAUGACAUUCCAUGUACAUAAAAUGGCCCUGUCCUCUGCUACCCAUUUAGUUUUGUAAGAAUUUUUCACCUGUUGAAAUUUAUGACCUCCUAGAUUUUCCUUUCUGCCAUAUUUUUAUUUACAAUCACUACCGCAUGUUUGAUAUAGCAUCACAGCAUACUGAAGUAACUAUAGCAUUCUUGUUUUGUUCUGUUCCAAUAGGCAAAUAGUGUGUUUUAAUGGUCUGAGAACAUGUGCAAUACAUCACUUUGCCUUGAAGCUUGUGUAGACAGGUUUGCUGCAACACUGUCCAUACAUUUCACUUGUCUAGUUCUAUUUAUAGAUUUUUAUUUGGUUCAAUUUAUUCACUAAACUACAUGAUUUUCAGUUGAUUGUAACUUCAGAGAAAUGUAUUCAACUAUUCACACCAAGAAAUUUUUAAUAAUUGGGAAGAUAAUUUCUGUAUAGUUAUUUUUUAAAAAUGUUACUACCAUUGAUUUUACAUUUAGCAAAAAUGGAAGUAAUGGUUUAAAUUUAAUGUGAACAAUACAUUUUUAAAAAUUUGUUUGUUAAAAUUGGCAACUGCUUUCAUGCUGUUUAUAAUGUUAAAUGAUGUCUAGUUGUUGUGUUUUCAGUUUUGCUGCUUUGAUAUUUUUUUAUUGGUAUAGUCAUUUAAUUUUGCCCUAUGCAAUUGUUAGAGCUGUAUUCAAUUUCUAGAUUUGAGUUUUCAAGUGAAAAUAAUGUGACCAUUGAAUGAAUUGUUUGGGAAGUCAAUAGUUUAUAUACGGAGAGGCGCACUGCCCUAAAAAGCAAAGUUUUUUUUUAGUUUCUGUUGUAAUGUGAUAUCAAUCUUAUUUAUGAUAGUGUACAUCUGUUCAAAUAUUGUAUUUGUUACUUUGCAAAUUUGAAUAAAAUACUGAACUAUU